GUUUGGUUGGUUGCUCGCACGACUCGUUCGUUCGCUGCUCGUUCGUUUGUUCGUCUUCUACGUGGGGUUUGUUCUCUGUGUGCGCGAGUUGUGUUUGAGACAAACAUUUAAAAAGUUAAUUGUACCAAAAUGUAUUAACAACAAUUUAAUUUGUUGUUUGUGUAACAAACAUUGUAUUGUAAAUUCAUCGCGCGGUUUAAAAAAAAGUUUUGCGUUUCGCGUUGCUGUUUGUGUUCGUUAGUUUGUAUUCAACGGUUGUUGGAAUUCUUCAAAAUGGGUUUAUCGGAUAUACCAGCCAACUAUAUGCAACAGGGCAGUCAUGCUACGCUUCAGCUUCAACAUCAUCAUCACCACCAUCAUCAUCAUAAUUCGACAGCAGCAGCAGCAGCUGCAGCGGCAGCUCAUGUUUUGGCCAUGGAAAGCAGCGAGCUGAUGAUGAGUCCCAAGGACAAAAUGUCGAGCAAAAAGAAAAUGCAUUUGCUCAAGAAGAUCAAAAAACGCUUUGGACUUGUACGCCGUUCGCCUUCCUCAUGUCCGGGUCCAAACAACUUGCCGCCCCUCCAGUUCCACACCGUGCAUGGCGACAACAUACGCAUCUCAAGGGAUGGGACACUAGCUCGUCGCUUUGAGAGCUUUUGCCGUGCAAUUACGUUCUCGGCGCGUCCGGUGCGCAUCAAUGAGCGCAUUUGCGUUAAGUUUGCGGAAAUCUCGAACAACUGGAAUGGCGGCAUACGCUUUGGUUUCACAUCCAAUGAUCCGGCCUCGCUGGAGGGCUCGCUGCCCAAGUACGCCUGUCCGGACCUCACAAAUCGUCCGGGCUUCUGGGCCAAGGCGCUGCACGAGCAAUACUGCGAAAAGGAUAACAUUUUGUAUUACUAUGUGAACAAUGCCGGCGAUGUGAUCUACGGCAUUAACAACGAGGAGAAGGGCGUCAUACUGUCCGGCAUCGAUACACGCAGUCUACUCUGGACGGUGAUAGACAUUUACGGCAACUGCACGGGCAUCGAGUUUCUGGAUUCGCGCAUUUACAUGUAUCAGCAACAGCAGCAGCAGCUGCCGCAAGCGUUGCCGCAACAGCUGCCCCAGCAGCAGCAGCAGCAGCAGCAGCAAGCCUUGUCAGCGCAUCAUCCGCUGCAGCAGUCGCGCCGCUCGCUGCCCGGUGGCUUGGUGGAGCAUGAACUGGAGCGUCAUGUGAUGCCCUCGCUACAGUCGCUGCACUUGGCUGGCGCGAAUGCCGCACCUGGGGGCGUCAUGGAGCACGACCUGGCCAAUGGACUGCCGCCUUUGCGCUACAAUGCCAACGGACGUCUCAUUCCCGUGCCCUUCCACAUCACAAAGGGACGCAAUGUGCGACUCUCACACGACCGCUUUGUGGCCACGCGCACCGAGUCUGACUUUUGCCAGGGCUAUGUGUUCACGGCGCGACCCAUUCGCAUUGGAGAGAAACUCAUUGUGCAGGUGCUGAAGACAGAGCAGAUGUAUGUGGGCGCCUUGGCGCUGGGACUGACCUCGUGCAAUCCGGCUGUGCUGCAGCCGAACGAUCUGCCCAACGAUUCGGACUUUCUGCUGGAUCGCCCCGAAUAUUGGGUGGUGAGCAAGGACAUUGCUGCGGCGCCGCAGCGUGGCGAUGAGAUCGCCUUCUUUGUGGCGCCCAAUGGCGAGGUGAGCAUCAGCAAGAACAACGGACCCGCUGUGGUCGUCAUGCAUGUGGAUCAGUCGCUGCAGCUCUGGGCAUUCCUGGACGUCUAUGGCUCGACGCAAUCCCUGCGCAUGUUCCGUCAGCAGCUGCCCAAUAUGGUGGCCUAUCCCUCGCAGCCACAGAUAAGCGCAGCAAGCGCCGGCGCCACUGGAGCUGCUCCUCCAACUGCCUGCACCUCACGCAUGCUGCCCAUGGCCGCCGAGUCGUUGAAUAGCUUGAAUGCUGCGCAGCUGCUCGCUGCUGCGCCCAAGAUGCAGCUAAAUGUGGCACAGUCGAACAGCACGCUCGCCUCAGCUACCAACGGCAAUGGCAGCCGCAUGAUCAGCAUGCCCUCCAACGGUGAUAUACUGCAGAUACAGCCCAAUGGCGGUGGCACUGUCCUGGUCGUGAAUCUGCCGCCCGCCAAUAGCUCACAUGAUCUCAAUGGACAGUUAACGGCGCGACAGUUGCCGAAUGUUGCCAGCAGCAAUGCCACAACGGUUAGCAGCAGCGGCAUUCUCGCAGGCGCCUGCUCCAGCGGCACCAUUAUCAGCACCACCAGCAGCAGUCAGCAAUACAUUGAGCCCGUCGCGCAAAGCAGCAGCACCUUGAAUGGCAGCAAAUGGAAGGACAGCUUGAGCGAUCACCAGAGCAACGACUCCAGCGCUGAGUGCACCAUCUGCUAUGAGAAUCAAAUUGAUUCCGUGCUCUAUAUGUGCGGACAUAUGUGCAUGUGCUAUGAUUGCGCCAUUGAGCAAUGGCGUGGCGCCGGCGGCGGCCAGUGUCCGCUUUGUCGUGCCGUCAUACGUGAUGUCAUACGCACCUAUACUACGUAAAGCUGCCUGGUUACGUUACGCCCCAAAAGACGCAACCGUUUCCUAACUUUGCAACUCGCAAUCGUUUUAAGUAAUAAAAAGAAAAAAACGCGCAAAACAAAAACAGAACAAAUAUCAAACUCAUCACUUUACUUUACUAAGUAUUAGCAGUUCGUUUUGUUAGCAAAUCGAGCCUGAGAGAAAACAUACUAAAAAAGAAAGAAAAACAAUACUAAGACAAAAGAGAUAUUUUUGCAAGACCUACUAUAAAUUAAAAUAUAUGUACGCACUUUAUUUAUGGCUAAAUUUAAGCACUAAACAUAUUGUAAUGUCUAAGCUAAAUAUUUAAUUUUUUGUGAUUUUAUUGCUAAGAUGCUGCGGCGUAAUCUAAAAUUUCUGUUCAAAAUUUAGUUUAUUUUUUGAAAAAACAUUCAAUAGCUUAGUUGUAAACCAAAGUAUUCGCAUAGAAAGUCAUUUUUUUAUAUUAUAAAUUGCAAAAUUUGAGUUGCAAAGCUGCUUAGUUUUUUCUUCAGUUAAAUGUGCAAAAAAAAAUCGAAAAGUUUAUAAUUUGGCCUGUUUAAAUCAAUUUGGUGCUAAAUGUUUUGGAUUGUUAAAUAAAAUUGUUACGAUAGAAAUAUAUAUAAAUAUUUUGUUGAAGAUUGCAGCAACUACACUAUGUAAAAUGCACAAAGAAUUAAUCAAAGGAGCAAUAUGUUUAUUUCUACACAUAGCUUACUGAAUAGUUAUAUAGAUGAACCAAAACCUUGACAUUAUAUGGAAAAAACAGCUUGACUUAAGACCAAAAAAACACAAAAUAACAAAAAAAAAAAAAACACAUGCAUAGAAUUUGUUCAGCUAAUUAUUUUGCACCAAAACAUAUAAAAAAAAACUGUUCUAGCUAAGUUUAUAAUUGUAAGUACUUAAGUUAAUUUCUAGUCAACGAAUUAUGCUGAAGUUUAAGUUUAAGGCUUUCCUCCAACGUCAGUAGAAGGAAAUGCACGCUAUGCAAUUUUUUAUGAGAAGCAUUUUAAAAUAUCUACAAUUAGGUAGUGCACAGUUUUUAAAAAGACAACUAUGAAAUUUAUAUAUUUAUAGAACAAAAGACUUUGCUUGAAACAAAUGUUAAGAACAUGCAGUUAGAAAAUUGCCAAUAAUAUUUAACGAAUCAAUAAAAACAAGAAAAGAACAAAUAUGAACUUUACCUAAGAUUGUAUUAAAAUAAAAAAAAAACACUAGCAUACUGAUGACAAAAAGCAUGAUUAUUCUUAUGGAAACGCAAGCCUUUUAAUUUUGUUGUAAGAAAUGGAAAAUAAAAUGUUUUAAGUACCAGACACAUAUACAUGUUAUUGUCACUACAAAUAAAUAUUUUUAAUUUU